GGUUAUUCCUUAUCCAACAAUUGCAGGGAUCAGCAUCUACUCAAGAUCUGGAACAACAAGAGGUUACUUGAUUCGAUGAAGGUAUGGAAUAUGUUUCUGAUUAUUCUGUUUUAUCAGCAAUUCAAUUUCUCUUUUAGAUCUUUUCCAAAAUUCAUUCCACUUACUUUUCUUCCCCAUUCCUUGCCUUUCCUGCUCCUUUCUCCCUGCUUUUCUUGACCACAGAGCAAAGUAAAGGAGACCUUGAACCCUGACCACAGUUAGAUACUUGUCUUAUUUGCAACUCUCAUUGAAACCUCCUUAAGAUCAUCACUUGCUCCUCAUCUAUUCCACCCUUCACCAACUUUCAUCUUAAGCUCAAUCAAUCUAUCCUUCUUGGAGUAAUAGAAUCAUCAUGGGUGUUCUAGUUGCCGCAGCUAAGCAUCUCGACACAUUAAUCGGCCCAGCAGUGAUGCUGCUUUAUCCUCUAUAUGCGUCGAUGCGCGCAAUCGAGAGCCCUUCUCUGGUGGAUGACCAGCAAUGGCUGACCUACUGGGUGAUCUAUUCACUCAUAACUCUCUUUGAGCUCUCCUCCUGGAAAGUGUUGCACUGGUUUCCUCUUUGGCCCUACAUGAAGCUUGUGUUCUGCUUGUGGCUGGUGCUCCCUAUGUUCAAUGGAGCAGCCUACAUUUACGAAAACCAUGUUCGAAGGUACUUCAGACUGGGGAGAUAUGUAAGCCAAAAGUAUCCCGCGCAGCAAAGAGUUGUGCAAAUGGCAAGCCUAGAUGCUAGGAAAUCGGUCGAACAGUUUAUUGACACCUAUGGGCCGCAAAGUUUGGAACGAGUCGUCAAAGCAGCUGAAAGGGAAGCAAGGAAACACUAAAUUGCAUUGAAGAAUCUAUUUAUGUAGACAAAAAUAUAUUAAACAAAUUUCAAAUCUCUCUUGGAAAAAAUUUAUUCACCUUGUAUUAAUUGGAGUAUUGUAAUUGAUUCUAAUGUAAAUAUUUUGUGUACAAGUUCAAUCCAUGACUUGAUAAUCAAAUAUUUUCGAUAUCACCCUCA